AUGACGUCCUCUUAAGUAUAAGGAAGCAGUAAGUAAGAAGCUGCGUCAGUAAAACUGUCUGUGAUAUUAACGUAAUAUUGUUGUGUUAAGAGAGCUGUCAUUCAGGGAUCAUCUAAAAAUGUCAUUUGAAGAAGUUCCACCAUCAGGUAACAGCGCACAGGCAUCGUCCAACUUUGCUCAUGUAAUCUUUCAGAAUGUGGCAAAAAGUUACCUUCCAAAUGCAUCACUUGAAUGCCAUUAUACUCUUACGUCAUUUCUAAAGCCGCACCCUAAGGACUGGGUUGGAAUUUUCAAGGUUGGUUGGAAUACAGCUCGAGAUUAUUAUACAUUUUUAUGGUCACCGACACCAGAUAACUAUGUGGAAGGUUCAUCAUUUGAUUGUGUUGUAUGCUUUCAAGGCUAUUAUCUUCCAAAUGAUGAUGGGGAAUUUUAUCAGUUUUGCUAUGUGACGCACAAGGGUGAAAUCCGUGGAGCUAGUACCCCAUUUCAGUUCCGAACUGCUUCACCUGUAGAAGAACUUCUUACUAUGGAAGAUGAAGGAAGUUCUGAUAUGUUGGUGGUUACUACCAGAGCUGGUUUCCUUGAGCAAAAAAUAGAAAAAGCAUUAAAAGAGAAAGAAGAAUUGCUAUUGUUGAAGACGGCAAUGGAAGAAGAAAGUACACAACUAAGGGAGACUGUUAAGAUCCUGGAGAAGAAGCUUACACAAGAAAAGGAAAAUUAUGAAAUGAUCCUACAAGAUUACAAGAGUCAGGUAAUGGUGUUAGAAGGACUUGGAGCAGAGAAGCAAGAACUUCAAGUCAAAUGUGAUGGAUUUUCUUCAAGAGUCUUGCAACUUGAAAAUGAUCUGGCAACUAUCAGCCAGAAAAUUAUUGAAAAAGAAACUGAAAUAUAUAGCUUAAAAGACCAGCUAAAGAAAGCUAUGCUUGAGAAAGAGCAACUGGAGUGUCUUCUGAAAAAUGAAAAGGAUGAGAAGGAGCUCUACAAGAUUCACUUGAAGCAAACUGAAAUUGAGAAUACACAGCUAGUGUCUGAGAUUCAGACACUGAAGAAACUGGGUGCAAGUAAUGAAGGCCUCUUGGUUCAUUACAAAGAUGAAGUGGGUAGACUGCAGCUGUGUAUAGCCGAAAAAGAGAAAAUGCGAAAGGAUGUUGUGUGUGCUUCAUCCACUGUGGAAAGUGUAGAGCAGCUGAAAGAACAGCUCAGAGUAGCUGAGGACAUAAUCCAAGCAAGUAAGCAGGAAGCAAGUUUAAUGGCAAAGGAACUUGGUGAUGUUGCAAAUGUACGUGACAAAACCAUGGCUGAACUCCAUAAUGCACGAUUAGAGAAUGAUGCACUGAAGAAGAAGUUAUCUGAAGUUGAAGCUGUGAAUAAAGCAAGGGAGAAGUUUGGACAGCUAGCAACAAGCAGUACAACAAAGCAGGAAGUCACAGAUGCUACUACAGAGCAGGAAUUGCGUCGAGAGGUUGAGGAUUUGAAACUUAGGCUUCGAAUGGCUGGAGAACACUACAAAGAGAAAUACAAAGAGUGUCAAAAACUGCAGAAGCAAGUGAAUAAGCUUACUGAACAAGCUGAGAUGAAAACCCUGGAACAAAGUCAACAAAAUAUGAAACUUGGUGAAGUGAACUCUGCCUUGACAUCUACAGUUCCACUAUUUAAUGCUACACCUCCAUCGACUCCAGUUUCAUCCAGUUCCAUUUAUGAAAUGAUGGUUAAAGAGCAAGUGCAAGAAAUGAGCAAGGAUGUUGCUGAAAAAACAGAAAAGUAUAAGAAGUGCAAACAGAUGCUGAGUGAGGAAAAAGAAAAAUGCAGAUCACUUACUGAUGAACUAAACAAGUCAACAGUGAAGCUGAAGAUGUAUAUGAAAUUGAAUGAUGAUUUGAAACUUCAGCUGGCUGUGAAAGAAGAUCAGUAUAAGUCACAGAUGGCAGAAAAGGACUGCAAAAUAAACCAGCUUGCAACAAAACUGGAAACCCUUACAAAGGACAUUGAAAAAGUGGAUUUGAGUAAGGGACAAGUACUGAAGCUGGAAAAUCCUUUUGAACAGGUGAAAGAAGGGCAGAGUUCACAAGCUCCACUGUCUCAAGCACCUCAGCAGCCAUUUCUGUAUUAUCGAAAUCCAUAUUGUCAGGAUGUUGGACUAUCACCUGAGGAACGUGACCAAUCGCGUCUGCUUCAGUUUGGCAAUCCCUACGUAGCCCAACACAGGAGAGAUGGAGCAGAUGGUGCAUUUUAUCCUGAUGAGGUCCAGAGACCACCAAUAGAGCCACCUUCCUGGAGGCUGGAUGGGAGUGUUGUCUGUAACCAGCCUUCUCGUAACCUUAGUCGUCCAGAUGGACUUGAAGACCCUGAGAAUAGUAAUGAUGAAGAUGAGAAUGUGCUUGCAACCGAACAAGUGACUGAUCCACCAAAAUUUUUAUUGCAUGAACGUGGUACUGGCUUUUGUUUUGAUUCCAGCUUUGAUAUACUUAAAAAGUGCCCAAUUUGUGAAGUGCUGUUUCCUCCUAACUAUGACCAGACCAAGUUUGAAGAACACGUUGAAAGCCACUGGAAGAUGUGCCCUAUGUGCAGUGAACAGUUUCCUCCCGACUGUGAACAGGAGGUUUUUGAGAGACAUGUGCAGACACACUUCGAUGGCAAUGUUUUAAAUUUUGAAUCCUAAGAACAUUACUAGGGCUCUCUGUAACAGCCAACUAAAGCAAAAGUGUACUAGACUUAUAACAAUAAGAGAAAUGUAUGGUUUAAUUAUAGUUUUCUUACUGCUGUUUUAAAUUUGAAGUGCACUGCAUUGUAAUCUGCAUGAAUUACAUUUGGUAAGCUGUACAGCUGAUGUUACAAUGUUAUUUCUAAUUUUAAGGACAGAUAAACUACAUGUCCCUUCUUGGAUGCAUUAUGUUUCGGUGGAAAUAACUGAGAAGGUACUUGCUAAUGCUUGGUGUGAACAGUGUGAGACAGCAGUUUAACUGUUUCUUAUAUUUCUGCAAAUUCUUGAUUCUGUUGGGAACAUUUUUGCCUUAGAUACAUCAGCUUCUCCUUCUGCAUAGCUGCAUUUAAGUCAUACCUCUCAACUGUCCAGAAUUCUGCAGAACGUCCAGAUUAUUGACGGAUAUUUUUGAUCUGUUCCUCAUAAAAUUUGUUGUCUGACCAAUCAUUAUGGAUUGAAGUAGCCAAGUAAUGCCAUACAUUUUCGUUUCAGACUUGAGCAAAUGCAUGUAAAACAUGAUAUUUAGCAAAUUGCCAAGUUCCUAAGAGCUGUAUUUAAAAUGUAUUUAAAAUCUGUCCCUGGUUUUUGGGCCUUGCCCCCACCCCAUUAUUUUUUAUUUUGUCCAGAAUUCUUUCAGUAAGAGGUAUGCUUGAAGUAAACUUUUGAGGCAUAAUUAUUGGAGAUUUAGGGGACUAUCCUAAAAUCCCUGCUUUGAGUAUAGAUAAAUAACUUUAGAAAAUGAGUGAGGAUAGUGCAUGAAUUGUUUUAACUAAUCAUUCUCUUACCAAUCCAAAAGUAAAUGCAGUAACAGGAGAACAUUUCUGUCAGCUGAGCUAAAGCUUUCAUAACAUGUUUAGUAGUUACUUGAAAGUAUAAGUAAUGCAUUCACUGAACAGACAUUUUAAAGCAAUACUUGGGUACCUUGAUCUAUGUUUACUUAACAUAUUUAUAUUUGGCAGUGCACUGGAAAAGUAAUGUCAUUUAAAAACUGCUGUGAUCUUUUUUCAAAACUGCACAAUAAAAGAUUCACCUCUAUAUUCAAAACUAUUACUGUUUUUUAAGAAAGUGAACUAUUGGUAUUCUGAGAUUUGCCUUAGGAUCUAGUUGGAAAUUAGGUGGAUUACAAUGGUUUCAUACUGUUUAGAGGGUAAAGGUGUUUUGAGUUCUAACUCUGCUACACAUUAGUUCAUAGCUUUCAAAUUCAGAUUUUUAAAAACAAAGUAAGCAUAGUUUUUCACAAGUUUCCAUUUCAGAAUAAUUUUUUUUCUGCCUUACUCGGUCUUACUACAGUUUGAAAAGGUAUUUGCAUAACUGUGUACAUGCCUUUGUGCUGACAUCUCAUCUUCCAUUGAAAAUAACAGGUCUUUGUGUAUUUGUAGUCAUUUUGCAGUAAAAAGGGUUUUUAUACUGCCCAGUCUAUCAUCUAGCCUCUUCAUUGUCUAUUUUUUUUAUUAAUAACUGUGUGCUGGAAGGAUAUGUAUAAAACCUGAUCCUGCUUUCCUGAUGUUUUGGCUUCAUUAAUCCACGGUGUUUUCAUCACAGAUUGUCCUCCCAGCAAAUUACUAUAAUUUCAACUGUCUGAGUGACCAGUUACUUAACUUACCUUGGUUUACCCAUUGCCUGCCCCCCCCCCCCCCCGAGAGAAGUCAUAUUACUCCUCAGGAAAUCACCACCUGCAAUAGCUUUAUAAGGCAUCCUGAGGCACUAGUGUCACAUAGACAUUGGAAGGACCAUUUUUCCUCUGAUUUUCCCCUACCUAAACAUAUGUGACACUGCAGUCUGCUUUCUUACCCCCCCCCCUCCACACACACACACACACACACUUACAAAAAAAAAAGAGCUGGCCUUCAGCUACUCAAGUUUCUUUGGCUUGCUUUAUUGACUCUUCAUGCAUAUCAUGGAGUCCUAAUUGUUGACAGCGUAAUUAGAUGCUCUUCUGCACCAUGAGAUGUCUCCAUUAUCUGUUGGCUGACUGUUUUUGUGUUUUUGCCCCUUCAUAAAGUUCUGUUUCUCAGUGGGUUUCACAGUCAUUGCUCACCUUAGUUUACUUUUAUGUGGAAGACUACUAAUACAGUUGUCCCACAGUAAAAUUUACAUGUGAAGCCAGUGACAUUGGUCUUCCUACUUGAAAAGAAAUAAGGUAAGUGGGCUGAUUGACAGCACGGCCAAAUGUCAUGUUGGAACAUUCAGCUGUUUUCUGAGGGCUGAUUCCCAAAACAAAUGCAUGGAGUGAUGUGUAACAUCAUCAUCCAGUAUCUCAUAACUGCUAGUACCUCUAUUCAGUACCUGUUAGGAGUGUAAAAUUAAUAAGUUUGAGCCUUUUCGAAACCACAAAUGUCAAUACCAUGGGCCAAAGCAUUGCUAUUGUAUGUGCUCCAUUAUCUGCAUCUGUUUUAUCUGGUGGGGUGGGGGACUUUUAGUGAUUAAUUUAACAGAAGCAUAACUUGCAGGCAGUUAUAUAAUUUACAUUUUGUAGGUCCACCUUUCACUUGUAUCAUUUCUGUUGUACAGGUCCAUCUUUCCCUAGGAAGGAUUCCAAGGGGAAGUUGUGAUAUUUUGAAAGACUGCUAAGCACACUGUAGUUUGCUUUCCCUAAGAAAACAUUUUUCUACAGCCAUACUUCUGACUCUGAGCCCAGCUUAUUUCUCUGACAUUGGCCAUCUACACAGUUUGUAGCAGCUUCUCACAAUACUAACUGACAAGACCUUAAAUUUGUUACUCCCAGACCACUUUAUAGGUUCAUAGGUAAGUACUAGGCUAGCUGCCCUUGCAGGCCAUUUGAAGCAUGUCCAGUUUCCAUACUUGUACUCAAAUUAACUAAUCUCAGUUGGUUAGAGAUUGGUCUUAGCCACCCCACAGACAAUAAUUAUAUAUUACCCUGUAAGUAGAAUAAUUGGGAUCAUACCAUAAUUUGGUGAUUAUUUAUAUUAGGGCACACCAGGAUGUGCAGUAGGAAGCCCAGCCAUCAGUCUGAAGUGAACAGGCAUUGUAAUUGUAAUUUGUUGUAAUUAUUUUAUAUUUGGAAGUUCUUGACAAGAUGAGAGAUUAAAAAGAUAGCUCAAGUCCAUCAAGGGGAUUUGACCCUGCACCCCCCACACCAUUGGAUUACAAGAUUAGAAAGCAGAUGAACUUAAAAUUGUGUAUAACAGGGGGGAAGCAGCCCCCCCCCCUUGCUUGGAUGUGUGUAGUCUUUCACUCAUUAAGUCAGUAAUGUCCAAUAUUACAGUUUCAGAUUUUUGCUUAAACUUUCUUUAAACUUUUUAUUAUUCCCAGAAUAAAAAUAGCAUUUAAAAAGCAUCCCAAACACCAUGCUUAACUGACAGCCCCUUCAGAAUGUCAGCCAAAUUGGCACUGCCCAAACCUGCAUAAAUUAAGAUGUCGUGUCCUAAAGUAAAAUAUUUCCAAUAAUUUGGGGGUACCCAUUAAAGCAGUUAGGAGAUGCCUCUUUCCAUUAGUAGUACUUUGUUAGUAGUAGUAGUUGUUUCAUCCAUUGAGUGUAUCUAAGUCCACUCUAGAGACUAAGUGAUUCUCAAAAACAUUAAAGAACAGAGAAUGUAGUCUAUUUUGCCAUGUCUAAAAAGAUAGUUUACAUUGUUUGCUCAAAAACAUAAAUGUUGAAUUCUUUUAAACAGUGUAUCAGUGUACUAUGCUUAAAUAAAUGGUGGCUGGAUAUGUAGAAAUACUAAAAGGUGAUUUCAUUUGCUUCAGUAAAGUCUUAGCUCAUGAUUUAAAUGUGCUGCUCUAGACUGAGAAACACAUACUUCAUUAAUAUUUUUUCUUGUGAAGGACAAAGUUUGCGAAAUUUUUAAUUUGUAUUUUUCACUGUCUUUGUAUAGCAUACAUGUUCUCGGAUAAUUUUAUUUAAAAUUGCAUUUGAACAUAUGUGAAUCAGUGUCAUGUUUUGUUCAUCAUUAAAAUUCCAUUCACUUA